AUGUUUGAUGGUCUGAAAGACGUUGGUAAGAGCAACACGCCCAAGACUAGGUUACUGAAGACUAGCAUGCGCCACCAGCUCCAAGAGUUCUUUGAUCACAGUACAUUACACGGGGUCAGAUAUAUAGCUCAAAGUGAUCGACCACUUCAUGAACGGUAUUUAUUACCUAAUAUUUAGAUAAAUAUUGUGUUAUUGUUCGUUAUACAUACAUUUAUUCCUUCGGAUUUUAAAUUAUAAUAAAUAGUAUGGUUAGUCAUAUUAACAUUAAGAAAAAUAUCUCAGUUUGAAAAAUUAAUAUUAAUUAUUGUGUAGCCUAAUUGCAAUUCAAAUAUUUGGAAAUAUUUAAUUUAAUAUUAUUUUCUUCAAAUCACUUCGAAAAAUACUAACAUUAAUUUAAUUUAUUAGGAUUGUAAAUAUCUUAAAGCUCAGAGAAUCAAUUUUAUUAUUUUAUUAUAUUAAUAUAUAUUACUGAAAGGGUGUAGGGAGCAAAAUACUGUACGGCCUACUAUGGUAUACAGAUUUUUGUAUACCCUCAAAAAAAGGUCUGCAUACGCCUAUUAUAUAAUCUGUUAUACUUAUACAGUAUGUUGAUGAACAAUAAUUAUAACAAAAGUUGUUGAGAUUGAAUAUUUAUAUGUUUUAAGGUUCAUGUGGUUUAGUUUCUUAUCCGUGGGCAUAGUAAUCACUUCAAUCAUUAUAAUAUCACUCUGGGAAAAAUUUCAAACAAGUCCUACGAUCACCGGUUUAGACACUGAUUUCCACAACUGGGAGGUAGAAUUCCCAGCUAUAACGGUAUGUCCUAAACGACCAACAUCUGAUGAAAAAGUCUGGGAAUAUAUCAGGAGGUAAAUAUAUUUGUAUUACAUCAUAGUUAUCGUUUUCCAGUCAACACUAAAUAUCACUAUAUAAUCGUACAUGUACGUCUAUUUAUUUAUUUAGGUAAGUAUGCUUUUAAUUAUUUUAUAGUAGGUAUUUAUUAAUAAUCUGCUUUAACUUUGUAUUUAUAAAACAAUCAUUGCAGUCUAGCACAUAUUGAGUUAUGAUUGAAAUUAAAAUUUUGUAUCAACUCACACAAAUACCCAGUAUAUCUACAACAGCACUUAGGAAUCAGUAUAAAUGAUAUUAUAAAUAACAAGUAUUAUCUAGUUAUGUAAACUAUUUAAAUGCAAGCGAGAGUAAAAAAAAAAAAUAAUAAUAAUAAUAAUAACAGAACAUUUUAAGUUUAAAAUAAGUUACAUAAUAUAAUUAUAAAAAUUAUUUUCAUAAGAUAUAUAGAUUAUCAUAUUCAUUCCAACCUAUAUAAUAUCUACUAUUGCCACUAGACAUUAGAUACAAAUAUCAUCAAAAAUCUUUUUUAAUAAAAAUAUUUUAUUUUAAUAUUUCAUCAUAUAUUAAUUUUAUCGAUUGUUCUUUUUUUUUUAUAUGUAAUUUUGCCACUUUUUCUAGCUUUUAAUCACAAUUAUAUAAGAAUAUGCACGUAGCCUGUAGUCACCCGUCAUCACACCUAUUAAUUAAAUGAUAUAAAUAUAUUAUGAAUAAAAUAAGUAAGUGUACCCUUACAAAUUUUUAUAAAGUAUAUAAUUAUUGAUAAUUAUUUAUUUUGUCUAGUAUAUCCGAGAACAACACAAAAAACGAACGUAUGGAGAUACUUUUUAAAUAUAUUACUGAAAUAGCGUCAUGCUCUUACGAUAAUUUAAAAAAAUUCGAAAACUUUUCCAAAUAUGAUUGGCUACCAAAAUAUGCAUUUAAAGACAUAGCUUAUAAAGUAAAAUUUUGUUUUAUAUUAUAUUAUUCUCAUUCUGAGCAGUGGCAUGCAUUUGAUUUUCAAAUAAUUGUGGGAGGGGGUAAAAAGUUAGGAUUUCCAUCCAAAACGUCGAUACUACUGAUCGGUGCGUCAUAGUCGUAGGUAGAUGAAAAGUUGGGAAGGUAGGAUACAUAAAGUUAUUUAAUUUAUAUAUAUAAGCAACGAUAAACCAUCGAUAAUGAAAAAUGAUUCUAAUCUAAAUUCAUUUUUUGAUUUAAAAGGCCGUAAUAUAUACGAUUUUUAUUAAAAUUUGAUUAUAAAACCAUUAUGGAAAAAAUUUAAUAAAACGCACUCUACUUUUUUUUUUUUUUUUUUGAAUACUAAGUACAAAUUAUAAUAAACUUCUUAUUUAAUUUUCAAGCAUUUCUAUUUGGUUAAACAAUGAUAUUUACAUAAUAACUAACUACCAAAUAAUAAAUAAAUAAAAUCUACAUAAAAACUAACAAACAUAAAAUGUCUAUUUGAUUUUCCCAAGAGUUUUCCCAGCAAAUGUGAAAAACCGGGAAACCCGGGAAAAACGUAGUUAAAUUGGAAAAAUUGUUACAACAUUAAACAAAUUUGAUUAAAGAAAAUAUAUAAAGCCUAUUUAAUUAUUAUACUAAAAAUUACAUACAUAUUGUUGACAAAGCAUCACUAUCAACUGAACUCCGCUCAAAAUCGUUUUUUGGUAAGGAAUGGUUUAUCAUUGCUUACAGAUAUACAUUAAAUUCUCGUCAAUAUCCUACCUUCCCAACUUCUCACCUACACCAGUGGCUGCACCUGUCUCUAUUAUCUUGCCUUUCUUCUUUUUUUUUUCUUGAGUAAUAUAAUACGACUUAUAAUGUUCCUCUUUUUCCCCUCAAAUUUUCAAGCAUUUCUUAUAAGUCUAACAAUUUUAUCCAGUGGCGGCUCGUGAAGUUAAAAAUAAGCGUUGCACAAACUAAUGAUUAACAAGAAUUGACAAUAAUGUAACAUUUUUUUCCUCGUUUAUAUAAAGGGAUAAUUUUUUUUUAAAAAUAUUUUCUACUGAAUUCAUAAAAAAAAAAUAGAUGUUAAUUCUAAAGAGGAAAUAAUUCACUAUGACUUGUAAAAAUGUAAAAUAUAUAUAUAUAUAUUAUGAAAUAAUAUCAACCAUUCAAUAUCAGAAUACAAAUGGAAAGACCUUAAAAUUAAAAGUAGAUUUUAUUUUAAAAAUUGGUUUGUAGUAUUAGAUGCAUACCGAGUUGCAUUGAAUUUCUCGAUCCUCCACUCGGUACCCAUACAUAUUAUACAUAUUUUAUACAGGCAUGCGGUGCUGUCACAUUGUUGCGCACCGAUUGUUGUAGGCAUAUUGCAUGACUGUUUUUACUUUGGGAGCAAUAUUAUGUUCACAACAAUUCUUAAUGAACAAUUCAUAACAAUUAGGUUCUAAAAAGAAUUAAAAAUAUUAUUUUCAUAAAAUGGCAUGUGAUAUGCUUGCGUCUGCGCACAUUGUUGAAUUCAGACAGUUUGUCUGGAGGAGGGGGGGCAUUACUAAAAUUAUAGUCAAAUUUGUUUAGUUAUUAAUUUAACAGAUGGGCAAACCAAAUUCCAGGAGGCUACCGCCUCCUCUGUCAUAUACCUGGAUUCAACACUGCCAGCGCACCUACGCACGAGCUGUCACUGAUUUAAUCUACAGAAUACAUAUUUAAUAAAAAUUACGUAAAAAACUCGCAAAGUUUAUAGUUUAAGAUAUAUCUAUUAAUCCUGACAAUUUAUUUGUUAUUUAUAGACGUUUAAAAUGUUCGAGUUUUUAUAGAUUUUGAUUAAAAUACAAAAAUAUAGGUAUACCGUCCCAUGCAUCGUUCCACUUAAAAAAUAAAUAGUAGAGGUUCUAUUUAAUAUUUUAAUAUUAACUACAUUAAAGCGUACGCUAAAAUUUCUGAAAAAUUAGUUAAGAUAUUACAAAGAGCCCUGAUUCUAUCCUCCAAUCAUACUUUAACUGUUACUAAUUUUUUAUAAGUUGUGAUAAAUAUUAAUCACAAAAGUUCUAUCAGAACUGACAAAUACUAAAAUACUACCUAUAUAACAUAUUAAUACCUUUAUGUAUAUGUUUAUUAUAUACCUAAUGACUAAUAGAUGCAUAUUUUUUAUUUUUGAUCCGGGGGAUUUAUCUUAAUAACCCCUUUUAUGUACGCCACUGGUCGUAAAUAAAUUCUUAGACAUUGGCGCCACUGGAUGUAUAAUAACAAAUAAUUUAUUUUAAAUCGGGCUGUUCUUUCACGUCUAUAGGUAGUAUUCCAUUGUGAAGACUUAUUGUUUGACUGUACAUUCAAAGGCGAACCGUAUAAUUGUUGCACCGAGUUCGUGCCAGUGUUCACGGAAUAUGGAUUUUGUUAUAGUUUCAAUUCUGAAUAUGUUAUCGAAGACUGGCCGUGGUAGGUGUUUAUAUUAAUAAUAUAGGCCCCAUACACAAUCCCAGAUUAAGACAUUUAUAGGCUCCAAGACAAAAUUUUCAUCGAGGCUCUGAUUGAAAGACUAAUAAUAUACAAUUUUAAAAAAUGGUUACUCUUCAAUAUUUUUAACAAGAAAAAUAAUAAUAAAUAGUAUAGACAUCAUAUAGAUCUCAAUUUAAAAGCUAAAUGCAUUAUUUAAAUAAACAAAUAUAAUUUUUAACAAAGUUACUAGUAGUUUCUACCAUAUAAUAAUACGAAUAAGUCAUCAUCAGGCAACGCAAAAAUAUUAAAAAAUCAAAGUACAAAAUUAAUAUGGUUAAAUUCAUACAUAAAGAACAUACUGUGACAAAAACUGAAGCCCUAGGAAUCUGGUGGCCCGAUGGCUAUGUAACUGGAGGCCCCCCUUGAUCUGGGCAUGUCCAUCAUACACGAUCAGUCUUAAAUUUUAAUCAAUGUGAUUGAUAAUCAAUAUUUAUCGUGUAUGUGCCAGUGGAUCCAAAAUUGAAUUUUGGGAUGGGCUCUUAAAUUAACUAUCUACAAAAAAAAAAAGACGUCCUAGGAUAAUGGGGAUGGAUGCAGCCAUUUGUACCUGUAAGCAACGAUAAACCAUUGCUUACAAAAAAAAAACGAUUCUAAGCGGAGUUCAGUUGAUAGUGAUGCUUUGUCAAUAAUAUAUAUGUCAUUUUAAAGAAAAAAAAAUAAGGAUGCUUUAUAUAUUUUCUUUAUUACGAUAUUUCUUUAAUGUUGUACCGAUUUUUCAAAUUUCCCUAAGUUUUUUCCGUGUUUAUCCCAGUUUUUCACAUUUGCUGGGGAAACCCUUGUAAAAAUUGAAAAAUAACCUCUCUAGAGUAUCUCCCUCGUGAAAUUUCCUCGCAUAAACACUGCUAUCAUUAAAAGUUGGAGCAAAAUUGCUGGUUCAAAAGUUGUGCACAGGAAAAAAAAAAUGGUAAUAUUUUAGUAAUAUAUUUCGUAUAUUUUCCUGUUUUUUUUUCGAUUUUUCAAAUUUUAUAAGAAAACUCUUGAGAAAAUCGAAAAAUUACCUCUCUUCAAUACCUCCCUACACCAAUUUCUUUUCAGAGAAGGUGCUAAACUUAAAAAAAAAAAUAAAUAUCUUUGUAAAAUCAUAAGCCUCUUCACUCCACUCAAAAUCUAAAAGAGGCGAUACUGGAGAUGGGUGCAGCCGUGCAGGUGCAGGGUACAGUCACUGUUGUAGGUAGAAAGUUAAGAAAGUAUAGGACACAUAAGGUUAUUUAAUUUAUAUCUGUAAGCACCGAUGAUAGACCAUUGAUAACUUAAUUUUUUAAUUAAGUAAGAUUGCUGAUAGAAAAUUUGUUCUUAGACAGACAAAAAAAUAAAAAACAAAAAUCAGUGCAAUGAAUACAUUUAUCGCUCCUUAUCACUUUUCUUUCCUGAUAAUCUUGUAUUAUACCGUGUUUGUGUUAAAUAAUUAACUAUUUGUGUAAGUAAAACUUUUGUAUAAUCUAUAGUCUGGGGGGAGAGCAAGGGCUCUGAACCUCUUUAGGAUCCACCACUAGUAUCUAUGUAACGAACAAUCUAUUUAUACGACUGAUGAAUUUCAAACAAGUUUGAAUUUCAUCAUCAGUCAAAAUCUAGGGAAGACAGACUGUAUGGGGCCUAAUAGGUGUCUACAAAGUUAAUGCUGUCAUUUCUUCGGAAUAAAUUUCACCUAAUAAACCUAACCUAACCUACCUACAAUUGUUGAAUUGAUUUUAUUUACAGGAAACCAAUUAAUUAUAUAAAAUCAGAAAAAAAAUUAGUAUACGAAACAGAUAAUAAAUUGACGAUGAUUUUUAACAUGGAAAACGUAACAAGUAAUCAUUUAAAGGUAGAUGCAUGAACAAAUUAAAAUUAAUUAUAGGUAUCUGUUUACAACUAUUUUUCCAAAUAACAUAUUGUUUUUUAUUUUUUAUUACAACGCCAGAUAUUCAUACACAAUAGAGACGACAUGAUUAUCUUGGACUCGUUGCCGCAACACCUAUGGAAUAGAAGAAUAGCCAAAAUACUUUUUAACAGCAAGCAGACAUAUACUACAGAAGGCGCUCGUCAGUUAACGAUAAAGCAAAGGAAAUGUGUUUUUCCGGAUGAAAUACCGUUAGUUACGAAUUCAUUUUACACAUUCAGUGCUUGUAUGAUUCAAUGUCGGAUGGACGCCAGCAAAAAACUUUGUGGAUGCGUUCCAUGGUUCUAUAGUAACAUCAGUAAGUAUAUGGUGAAAUAUAUGCUUAGGUAGCUAUAUUAAUUAUUAAUAAAAUUGAAUUCCCUAGGUACGUAAUUUAAUAUUACUCUGCCAACAACUAUAUAAUUAGAUACUGUUUUACUUGAUUUUUUUUCUCAUACUAUCAAGGGUGAAUCUAGGACAAUAUAACGCGGGAGAGGGGAUUUUUAAAAUGCAUAUAUUGUGUGACUAUGUUAAAAUUAUUAUAUUAAUUAUUAUAGGUACGCAUUUAUGAUGAGCCAAAUGAUGAUAUGCGUAUACAUAACGGUGAAUGUCUCACUUCCUGGAUCCGCCUAUGCUUGCCAUAUUCUUCUUAUUCUUCUUUGCCUUUAUCCCAACUAUUUAUGAACAACUACCCUCGUCCUAAAUUUCCACAUCGCAUACCUACACCGGUUGUCUUCAUAUCAUUCUCAAUCGUAUUCAGCCACCUCUUUUUUAGUCUUCCUUUCCCCCUCUUUCCUCCUAUGUUUAUUUCCAUAAGAAUUCUUACUGCUUCAGAUAGGUACUUUUGUUUUCAUGACAUGCCCAAACCAUCUCUUCUUUUUUCUCUUAUCUUGUUUACUAUUGAAGCUACGUAUAUCUUUUAUGUACCUACUCAUUCCUUACUCUAUCUACUCUUGUUACUUAAUCAUACACCUAAGCAUACUCAUCUCUGUUACACUCAUUCUGUUUUUUUUCUAUCAACCACUACCCAACGUUCCGAAACAUACAAUAGUCAGUCUACGUAUUAUUAUAAUAUAUUUUACCGACACUAAAUAGUUGAAAUGAAGGCAAAAGAAAAAAAGAAUGUAAAUAUUUUAUUGACAACAUACCCUUUUUAUACACAAUAGGCAUGUGUAUAGGCAUAUAUUAUCUUUAUCCGUAUAUCUAUCAUCCGUCCGCAAGCAAAUUGAAUGAGACAGCUGUCUGUUAAACGUGAGCAAAGUUAUUUAUAUCACUCUUUCCGUCAAAUGGUUUCCGGUAGGCCGUAGAUGACUCACUAACCACGUGAGCUUGAUCGAUUGUCAGAAACGGACAGAGCAGAGUUGAAACUGAAGCUCAUUUUAGUUAGGGGUGAACUGUUAUCAUAGGAUACUGAAAACUAAUCUCAGAAACAUAAAAUCAAAUUUUAUAAAUGACCCCAAUUUAACUGAAAUAUAAUCAGGGGCGUAGUGGGAAGCAAAUUCAGACGGGGAGCUUCAAAUUUAUCCAGGCCAUCCACCAUUUAACAGUUAAAUCACCAAAAAAAUUGUUUUCGUUCCGCUCGAAUUACAUUUUAAAUCCUGGGUUGAACAAAGAGAAGCUUAUAGUUUUACAGUUGUUUGUUUGUUCAACUUUUCUACCAGUAAUCUUGCUCCAAUUUUUGAAAUGUAGAACCUUUUCUGAAAGAAAAUCGGUGUAGUAGGGAGAUAUUUUAGGAAUGUCAUAUUUCGAUUUUCUCAAGUUUUCUCAUCAAAUGUGGAAAACCGAAAAAAAUGGGAAAAUAUAAGAAAUAUAGGUAUAAGCUAAAAUAUAUUACGGCCUUCUUUUUUUCUGUGUACAACUUUUCUACCAUCAAUUAUUCUCUGAUUUACAAUGUUAGCACUUUUUCUUAAAGUAAAUCUAACUGGGAAGGUACUUUAGGGAGGUCAUUUUUCGAUUUUUCCAAGAAUUUUUUUAGCAAAUAUGAUAAUCCGGGAAAAACGCAGGAAAAUCGGAAAAAUUGAUACAAUAUUUAACAAAUAUUAUUAAAGAAAAUAUAUAAUGCCUAUUCUAUUAUUUUACCAUAAUAUGACACAUAUAUUGUUGACAAAGUAUUACUAUUAACUGAACUGCGCUCAGAAUCGUUUUUGUCGUUAGCAAUGGUUUAUCGUUGCUUACAGUUAUACAUUAAAUUACCUGUAACAGUGGCUUCACCCAUCCCUAUUAUUCUAGUACAUCUUUUUCUAUUCAAUUUUACAACCUUUAAAUCUACACAUAACUUUCUAAAUAAUAAUUGACUAAAAUAUAUUAAUACAAAGAAUAAUAUUUUUUUAAAUUUAUAAAUCUUAUCACUAAGAUUAUUUAUUUUCGUAGUAAUUAGUUCUGAGACUACAUGUUACCCGGGUGUUUUAUUGUAAAAAUAACCAACGGACGGCCAGAUAUUGUUUUGAUUUUAUUUGAUGUCUAUACAUUUUGUGUAAUAUUCUGUAAUUUUAUAUGCGACGCUUUCUCGUUCUCAAACUACUAUAAUAUGAGGCUAUUCAAAUGUAACAUUAUUGUAUUAAUAAUAUAAUAAUUAUAAUACAAUAAUUUCAUAGUUUUUAAAAUUUUUAAUUUUUAAUACAAACAAAUUGUUAACACAUUUACUAAUUUUGUAAUCGUAAAUAAAAUUGAACAUAAAAUGACCAGGCCACCAGGCCAAAAUAUGGUCCAGGCCAUCUGGAAAAUUCCUAUUUCCAGACCGACCACUAUGCCCGUGGGAAUAAUUGAUCCAGAAAGUCUUCUGAUUUGAUAUACAUACCUAUAGUCUAUCUAUUAUAGGUAUACCAAGAGCGGAUCUACCGAGGGUAGGGGGACACAGAGAGCAACUGCCAUACUCGUUACCAAAAAAACAAAAUAUUUAUUAUAUUUGUUUAUAUGUGUAGGUAUGUAUCAUACAAAAUAUUAUCGAUGUUUGAUGCCAAAACAGUGUAAAAUACAAUGAUCAUAGAGAAAUAUAUGAAGUUUUUAAUUUUUUGUAUAGUGUUUUUGACAUAGGCAUUAGAUAUUUUUUAAAAACUCUUUCUCAGAAUACUCUUUGUUGCUGUUAGCAAUGAUCAUUAAAUUUUUUUUACGUUAAAUCCGUUAGUGCAAUCAGCAAAAUUUCUAAAUUACUUUCACUUUUUGAGUUGAUUUUUAUGUGAUAAAUGUGGAGUCAAAUAUCACAAAUUUAAAAAAAAAAAAAAAUGAAAAAUUACAGUUCUGGAUCCCCAGUGGCGUUCACAGGUAAAUGGGAGGGGAUUUUGUAAAAUUUAAAAGUCAUGAAUAAAUUGUAGACAUUUCUUCUAUGACUAAAUAGAUAAUAGGAAUUUAAAAGCCAGCAAACAAAAAUUAAUUUUUAUUCAAACUUCAAGCUUUUUUUCAAUUUUUUCAAAAAUAAUAAAAUAAAGUUUAUUUUUAAAUAUUUUGCCAAAACAUAAAAUAAAUAAAUAUUUGUAGUCCUUAUCCUAGUGAGCAAUAAAAAAGAAACAGAAUUUGAUUAUCUUUAUUAUCUCCAGAGGUAUUACAAUGGGUAUAUUUUUGUGGUACACCUGGAUAUAAAAUCUUAAUAGGUAAUAACUAUACUAUAGCUACUCAUCCAAAAUGCUGCCAAAUUUUAUUUCGAUUGACAAAUUCUAUGCUGCCAAGUUUCAUUAUCUUAAAUGUUUUAAGAUUUUACCUCAUUUCAACAUCAAUUUUCAUUGAUUAAUUACUUAGGUAUACAUAUUUAAUAUUGUUUCAGAUGGAAUAUAUAAGUACUGUGAUUUGGAUGGUCUUAUUUGUAUUGGAAAACAUCUCGGUACGUAGAUAAUAUGGUAUGAGUAAACAAAAAAAACUCAUUCACAUCCAUAAAUCAACCUAUAUACCUACCUAACUUGUAAAACUAUAUCAUUUAUUUUCAAUAGUCUGUUGUACCUACUUGUAUAAAUUAAAUAUUCUAUAAAAAAUACUUUCCGCUCAACUUAUUCAUACAUUUACUGCAUUUACUGAACAGAUUUGAUAAUUAUUUGCAUAAUAUACAGGACAAUAUGUUUUCAAUUGCCUAUAUAUAAUUGUAGAUACUGUAUGAUGUAUGAAUAAUUUUGAGAAUAUUUUAAGUUCUUCUUGAAAAAAAAAAACAAAAAAAAUGUUAAAGAAAUAUACAUAUUGAAAAAAUGUAUAGUUUCUAUUAAAAACAAAUUCCUGUUUACCUAAAAAUACUUAUUUAUUUUUAAUUAAUUCACUUAAAAUUUUUAGUGCAAAUUACUAGUGGGCUUGCUUGUUCAUGUGAAUUGGGAUGUAUGAACACAGUUUAUGAAGUAGAAAAACUUCAAGAUGCUCAGUAAGUCAUUUUCAAUUGAUUAUAGCUUUAAAAAUUGUACUAAACAGAUUUAACUAUUAUAAUAAUAGGGCUGAGCAAAUAGAAGAACCCUUAGAAAUCAGUUUUGUAUCAUGGCCAAUGGUAAGAUAUAGAAGAGAAGUAUUAUUUGGCUGGGUAGAUUUGCUUGGUAAGUCACAAAUAAUGUACGUUAAACAUUAAUUUCUAAACACUCGCUGCUAUUAUGCAGUGGCUUUUGGUGGCAUAGCUGGACUUUUUUUAGGUUUCAGUUUAUUGAGUGGAGUGGAAAUUAUAUAUUACUUCACAUUGAGAGCAUGUUGCAUGGUUACCAAUAAUUCUCAAGUAUUAGAAGAACUGAGUCAAGAAUACGAACAUCGUGAUACACCUAUUAUUGACUUAGGGCUAAAACCAUUAUGGACAGCUGAUGAAAACUCAAUAAAUCCAAUAAAACCUAAUAAUAAUAAUAGAAAAAUUGAGCCAUUAUCAGUUUUACCUUAUCUACCUUAA